CGUUAGAUCCUUUAGAGACGUUGAGGGAAAAUUAGUGAUUAAAAUCAAUGUGUACUAAAAAUUCUACGUGGUACGUUCUUAGGAAAUAAAAAAGAACGUGGCAAGUGAUUUUGUGAGGACAAUGUAUUUUUAUCAUGCAGUCCUUCUACUAUUGAGCUGGUCAUGCGUGAAAUCCACAGAGGACAAAAAACUGGAUGUCAUUCUCGACCAGAUUGCCGUCGACUCAAAAAGAGAAGUCGACAAAACUCCACAUGCAGUUUUAGAAGUUGUUUCCAAAAAUCCACCAUCAAAUUCAACGGUUCGCAGUGCAGAAAGAGUGACUCUUCAUUAUGAGAAUUCAAAUGGCUUCGUUCCGUUAAUAGUUUCCGACCAACGAAUAGGAAAAAAUUUGGUGGCAGGCGACAAGCUCACAAAAGAAAUCGAGAAGAAGAAAAGUGAAAGCCUCCUGGAAAAUGAUCCAUUUUAUUCACCAGAAGCAAGAUUUUUUUUCAACCUACCUCACUCAGGUGCAAAUCGCCGAUCUUUGGACUCUGCUUAUAGGCGGAGUGACUUUGAAAUUCUCAAAGUGGAUAAUGAUACUCCUGCUGUGGCAAACUAUCAGAAAUUUUACGAUAAUGUACAAAGUUUCAUGAACAAAAGUCAUGAUCCAGCUGAUAUUGAUAAAAAGAGAUCAGAAAAUAGCAGGAGUAGAGAUCGAGGUAAAAAGGUGCAAAAUCAUAUGGAGAUAUAUGGAGUUGAUUCUAGUCGAGACACUGGAGAUGAUUAUUAUCGUCAUCGUCCGUUAAAUUCAUAUAACAAUAAUCAGUUCAAGUCUAAUUACGAUUCAGAGAAAGUAAAUAAUAAUUACCAUGAGCAGGACAUGUCAGGGUAUAAUCUUCAACGCAACGCCGCGUCGAAAGAGAAACUGACUCUGUCAAGGACAAAUCAUAAUUUGAGGCAACUUGAGGACGAGAAGAAAUUAGAAAAGAGUAAAGGUAUUCUGAAAUCGACAAAUACAAACAACCAAAGCAUCAAAAAUCCUGUGGCUGAUGUUCGACCUAAUGAUUACAAAGUUAAUAUUAAAUUUGGAACUCAAUCUGUAAGAUCUAGUGUUUUACCUUCGAUUCCUCAUGAGAACUUUAGUAAUCCUUCAGAUUCUCGUAAUGCUCAAUCUUCAAAUAUUCACGUUCAACAUAGUUUUAAUCAUCAGGGAACUAGUCGUCAUUAUGAGAGGUCCGAAGACUCUCAAGAUUUUUCAGAUGAAACUGUAGAUUAUGGAGAAGUUACGGAAAACCCAAAAAAGCUUCAUAAAAACAGACGACGACCACAUACUUCGGAAUUUUCCAGGAAGCUUCCAAAAGAACAUCGGGAAAGUUAUUCACAGAACAAUGGAGAAAGAAAACGAGUAAAUUUAUCAAGAACGAAGCAGCGAAAUAGACAAAGAAAUAAAUAUAAUAAUUGGGAUGAAGAAGGUCGUUAUCAGUUUCAAGGCGAAAGUAAUGGGAAUGAAGAUAAACCAUUAGAAAAUACAGGAUCAGAGGUGGAUAAUAUUAAUUUUCAGAGUUAUGAUUCUCAAUCAACAGAUGCUUGGAAACAAGUCGACCAGAAUGUAGAGGUAUCGCACUCGAACGGUUACGAAGUAGAUCAAAUAGAGAAACCAAAAUUGUUAUUUCCGGUUAAUAUGAAUUUGGUACCACUUUCCCAGUUUGAUCACCAAACUGCAUUAGGAAAUAGUCAAGGAUUUGACUUUACUAAUGCAAUGAUUCAGAACUUUGGAGCUGGUAUGUCAAUCAUCAGUACUGCAGCUCCUUUUGAUAAUACACCAACUCAACAUUUAACAACAAAGAAUGGACAAAGUAUACAAAACAAUAGGCAAGUACCAGAUAUUAUUGUAGGUCAAAGUAGUUUGCGGAAUCCUGUUUCUGUUUUUCUACCUCAAGGACAGAAGGAACAAAAUGGCAAAACGCAUUAUAUCCAAAGCACAGUUACUCCACUUUUCACAAUUACUCAAAAUGUGAAUCCAUCUUCUCAUGCGACUGCUUCGAGUACAACAACAAAUCCAGUAUAUACUUCUACUUCAACAGCGAGUCCAGUUUUCCAACAAGUUACUUUAAAUGGAAAUCAAUUUUUAGUGCCACAGCCAACACUGCAAUCUCUUUCAACAAUGCUUCGAAAUAGUCAUUCCAAUGUUCAAGUUCAGUCUCAUGGACUUCAGGGGCAAAACACAGUUCAUUUCCAGAACAUUCCAUCAGCUUCGACUACACAAAAUCCAGUCACCCAAAGAUACGCUACUUCUGGAGAUGGUCAAUAUUUAGCAACUGCUAGCUUAUCAGUCGGAAAUGAAGCACAAAAACCAAACCAACAGAAAGCACUAUUCCAGCCGGCACAAAUGGUCCCAACAAUUUACGCUGGGCUGUACUUGAAUAAUCAAAAUCAAGUGCAACAAACGCCCAAUAAUUUUAUUGUCGCUAGACCGAGAGAUAAUGCGCAAAUACAAAAAGCUGCAAAUGAUGCAUUUAUGAGCUCUGUGAAUGAUUUACAAUUACAGAUCCAAAGAAAUCAGUUAGCGAAUUCACUUCAGGGAGUGGAUAAUAUUGGAAGUACGAGCAAUAAAAACGUGAAUGCAGUUAACGCUUUUGCUGGGAUACCAAUUAAUUUUUAUAGAGCACAGUUUCCAAUUGUGGGAACAAAAAAUGUUGAGAUUGUUAAUCCAAAUGUCAAACCUAGUUCUGCCGAUUUAAAUAUAUAUAAUCCUGUCACACCUAUCAAUCAAUAUACUGCAAUGUACACUACUCAAAUCCCAAUUCUAAGCGCAACCAGUUUUGUCACAUCAAGACCAGCUUCAACGCCUGCUACUGCAGAAUCAGUGCAUCUUAAUAAUUACGUAGAUACUCUGACGGAAUUUGGUACCAAAAUCCCUCCAGUUAACAUGUUUAAUCCUAUCAACUUCGUACCUAACGCAGAUCUUGUCAAAAGCCAAACAAUCUUAAACAGGAAACCUCCUCAAAAUGAUAUUUUACAACAGAAUCUGAACCUAGUGCCUAUCCUCCCAGGAGGAAACUUUUUCCAAAAUUCUCAAGGGGCUCAGGCUAAUUUAGCCAAUCAGCCAAAACUGCAUUCCGAUCUGGCCCAAUAUGCUGAGCAAAUGUUGAAGGAAUCUUUGAAAACAAUGUACAACUCCCACAAAUGGAACAAGGAUCGAAGAACUCCUGGAAAUAUCAGCAUUGCAGACACUUCUGAAAUUGCAAAAUUAAGGAACGAAUUAUUGAGAUAUAACACUUUAAAUUUUGACUCCAAGUUACUAAAGGAUACCUUGGAUGCUCAUCAGACGGAAAAUAAGAUACGAACAAUAAAACCGGAUACUAAUUCAAGCAAGACAGCGUUUUCUAUCGAGCAGAUCGAGCAGAUUUUAAAAGAUGAUUUCAAACGUCACCCUUCAGAUUAUUUUGGAAAAACAGAUUUUGAAACUGAAAGAAACAACCUCAGAAUUAAUAAUUAUCUUACACCUCCUAAGCCAAAUUCGUUUUUGUCUAAAAGUCCAUUUCAUGAUAAGCCAGUGAAGAAGCGGCCUGGAUCUGCUCCUCCAGGAUUUAAAAGGUCUCGUCCAAGAAAAGGUGCUUUUAAUUCAAAACCAACUGCACCUGAAGCUUCUGCUUCGAAUAAUUUUGAGUUUGGUUUUGACUCUUCUCGCUUCAGACAGAGGCCGCACUUCGACCACGAGAUAAGUGAUUUGAGACCAGGGCGUCAUAGCAGUCAUUCUAAAUUCCGACAAAAGAGUCCAGGCUUCCACAAUUAUCCAACUUUCACUACUUCGUCCCCUGACAAUGAACAGCGGACAUCGAGUAAAGAACUUUAUGAUGUUAACCAUCCCAGGUUUCACAAUCUCCUUGGAUUAUUGAUGAAAAACAAGAGGCUACCUGUUGGAAGCUCGCAAAGUUUUUCAAAGAACAGAGACAGGGAAAACUUUGCACAAAUUAUCGAGAAUGAAAAUUUAAGAUUGGAAGAACAGUUUUAUAAGGAUGCUAUGCAAGGUUUCCAAAAGAAAUCUGACCCAACGAAGUCUUACAGCCGCAAAACGCCAAUCGAAAUUUUCCUUUAAGAUCGUCCAAGUCUGAAAUUUUUAGAAGCGUAUAUUAUGGAAGUGUGAGGUAUGGUGCCGGUGUAGUGCACAUUGUUAAUUACAAAUAACGUCUGUGUUUCUUGGUUUUUAUAAUAAUUUCUUGCACAAAAUGAAUACUUUUGGUUUGAAAAAAUAGCACCGUAAUGCUGUUUCUUUUUCAAAUACGUGCAAAAAGAUUAUAUAUAAGAAUACAGCUGUGACGGAAACAGAUGGAAAAGUAUUUUCAGAAAUUAAGCACUUGCAGUAUAUUUUCAAAGACUAACAGUAUAAAAAAAUUUAAUUUAAAUUCAAAUACGUGGAGUAUUUGCUAACUUCGUAUAUUACAAAUUUACUCUAUAAAUAUUCUAAAUAUAUUAAAAUUAAAUGAAUUUUGCAACAUCACAUACCGGGCAGGAAAGCCGAAAAUUUGGGUGCAGGUCGUAACAGUGCUCGGUAAUAGGUCGUAGGUCGGUUACUUGAUCGUUACUGUAUAAAAUACAAAAAGCUCGUUCUCUUGUGACUCACGUGAUUCUGCAUAGCAUUCUAAUUUCUUUUUUUAAUUGAAUAUGUCCUAAAUUAUAUAGAGUUUUUUUAAAGAAAAUACUGUUCUUAAUUUUAAUUUUUUUUAUGCAAAAAAAAUCAAGAGAAAUGUUAAUAAUUAUUUUUAUAUAAACCAUGUAAAGACCUUUACUUGAUUUUCUUUGGUGUCGAAAAUUAAUUUUAAGUAUAAAAUAAUUUGAGGCAGAAGGCGAAAUUAAUAGGAGCUUUAAUUGUUCAAAAACAAUUUUUUUAACGGCGAAAUUUUGCCCCAUGAGAAUGUAUACGUACACUAUUAGAAAAUCUUAAAUCAUCACAUAUUUUUCAGUUACUGAAAAUGCGAACCCACAAAAAAAACUACCCUACAUUUUUAUCCAUUAUUUGCUUGUAAAGUUUCAUUUAUAAAUUUCUCAAUUAAGGAUAAAAAAGAAAAUAGGAAAUAAACACUGAAUGCAAGUGCGAAUAGACAAGUUUAAUAGAAUUUUCACGAAGAAAAAUCGUAUUAGUAAAGUUUUUAAAUUCUCGGUUAUUUAAAAUCGGGUAAAAUUACUCGUAACAUGCCGGUAUGCUACCGAAGCUUCGAGAAUUAAUCAAAAAUUUCAGAAAAUACUCAGUUAUAAUGCUUUUAUGUUAUAUUUAAAAGUAACAAGAUAAUGUUCACUGUGUCAGGCUUAAUUAACGAUAAUUUAGUAUAUAUUUUAAAUAUUUGUAGUUACCCUGUAUCCCCUUUAACAUCUAAAAAAUUUUGUAAUUAGAUAAUGUUCGCGAUCAUAGAAUAAAUUAAAAACAGCGUCUUUCUAGUUACAUUUAAAAUAUGGAAACCUUUGCAAUUCUGCUAAAACUUUAAAAAAAUGAAUGAUUAAAUUAAAAUAAAUAUAAAUAAAUAAAAUAUUAGAAUCAAAUUAGCAAUAAUUAUUUAUUUAAAAAACUGUUCACAUGUGUAACUUUCAGCAAAGUUUUUUAUUUAAACUGAAUAAUGCGAUAUUUUGAAAAUGGAGAUAAGUGUUCUUAGCACCUCUACGCUUUGAAAGAAUAAUGAUAAAGUAUAUUUAGCCAGCCAUCUUUUCCCCCUUGGCUUGAAGCCGCUAAAAAUUUUCAGACAUCACCGUUUUGUUCUAGUUGUCAAAAAUGAGCUUCACGGAAGUUUGGAAGGAGAAAAAACAAAAUUCUCAUAAAUUUUCGCCAAGAACAAACGUCGGGUAAGUCACCCGGAAGUUUACCCAUAUUACCUUACGUUACCAGGGUUAUUUACUCGUCUGAAAACUCUAGGUAUAAUUGGGUUUUAUCAAAUACUUUACUUUGAGUGAUAAGAAGACAUUUAUUUAGUGUUGAUCACGUCUUGAGUAAUUUUUUUUCUAUAAUUAUUCCGCAAGAUUUAUACUUUUGAGAUAAACUGAAAGUUAUAUCACAACCAAAUUUCCCCGUGGAAGCAGAAAUGCCUAACCCAGAUAAAGUGAGCCUCACACGGUAAACUCACAUUUCAAUUAUAAGUUAUAGGACAUUUUAUUUAAAUCCCGGCAGAACACCGCACACCCCCACAUACUCAUCUAAAAUAAUAUUUGAAGAAUAAUCAUAUGAAGUUAUAAUUAUAUUAAUUGCGGUUUUUAUAGUUAUGUUAUUCGUAAGUUCUUGUAUGCUUUGUGUGAUUCGGUAAAUGAAGUGUUGCCGGAUUUACAGAAAUUGGUGGAAGUAUGUGAAUGAGACAUUUAAUAUCAUUAGAAUUGUAAUUUUUAAAAUGUAUAUGUAGAAAUAAGCAAUUCUUUGCAAUGUAUGAUGUGAGAUUUCCUACCCAGACCUGCAAUAUGGCGUAUGGCAAUAAAAAUUAUAAAAACGUCACUGAAAACAAUAUUUUUUAAAUCUUAACAGUAUAUUUAUGUGGAAAUAUUUAACUUCUUAACGAAGAAAACUUCGCUAAACGGCCAAAUGAAAAUGAAAUAUGAAUCGAAACAUGCAAAUGAAAUAGCCUAAAACAAAAUAAUAGUCUGGUCAUUUGAUAAAAAUUCUUGUCAGCGGUCAUUUAAAAAACUUUAUUUAUAAAUAUAUUUAUUUUUUUAAUUCAAUUUAUGAUAACUGGUGUCUUUAAAUCUUACUUUAUCUUUUCUCUAAAAUUUAUUAAAUGUUAAUUUAUAUGCUGUCUCUAAUAGAUGAUUUAUCAUCACAUCAUAUGCCUUUUUCAAGUUUAUAACCAAGGUGAUCGUCUGCUAACUUCAAUAAUGUUUUAUUCUUUUUAUAGUAAUCAUACUAUGAUAGAUGUAAAUUAAAAUUCAUAUUUUAACAAAAUAAAAUUAUUUUUAGAUUUCAAAUUCAAUCAGAUUUCAUAAGCUUGUAUUCGGAAGCUUCAUAAAGAUUGUCAUAUGCGUUUAAAUAUAAUUAUGAUUCCCCUCCAUCUUACACCAAAUAAAAUGUUGUAUCAAUGUUAAUACCAAAAAAAGUUAUUAACACACACCAUAAUACUAGUUAGCUUUAAAAAACAUAGAGAUCUAUAAUCCCAUGCCGAUACUCAAAAUUGUAAAGUAUCUUAUGAGUGAUGUUAAUUGGAAUAAGGAGCAUAAUCAAUGUGUACAUAUAUUUUACAAAUAAAAUAAAAGAAAUCUUAAAUAAUGUUAGGAUUUUCAAAUUUGUUCUCGAUUGUAUUGUAAAA